AUGUUUCGGCUUCACCGCAUUCUACGUAGUUUGCCUUUUGAGCCGAUGGCUUUAUCAGCCUUUGAAACCAUAGAACGUGUAUCCACAUCUUCAGGAGUUGGAACAUCAUCAAAAGCAUCCACUUCACAAAAUCCAUUGUAUUUUAUUUCCCCUAAACACGAUGGGGUUCGUAUAGUUUCAUAUGUUAGUGAACGUGCAGAAUCUCAAAAAUCUACAUGUUUUUCUAGAUUUGGGAGACCUGUACAUGGUAUGUUCUGGAUUGAAGAAGAACUACAACUCUUACGUUGGCUUUGUGGAGACCCUCGCUUGGUAUUGGAUGGUGAAUUAUAUAUUCAUAGAGAAUCAUCAGAUGAUUCAGAUAAUGAAAAUGGUGUAAAAACUGGUUUUUUAGCCGUUUCAGCGUUAGUGCAUCGUCUACGUGGACCUAAAUCUGCCUGUUCAACAGAGGAAGAAGUUCUUAGCUACGUUGCCUCAUUACCUCGUUUCUGUAUUUUUGAUAUUGUUUCAUUUCAACCUUCGGAUAAUAUUAAUUUAAAUAAUGAAAAAAGUGUUAGAGGUCUUUCACAAAUUGAGAAGGAACGAUUGAUUAUUAUCCUUGAGGUAAUGAAAGCCAAUCAUAUUUCUGAUAUGGAAUUACUUCGUGUUAUUCCCAAUUAUUCAGUGUUUUCUCAACGACUCAAGGCGAUGAAUUUCUUGAUGAGUCUCUUACAGAGAGCCUAUUCCUCUCCUAUUUUGUUUCCUGGAAGAAAUCCUACUAAUAAUACUAAUGUCACAGAUUCUGCUUUUGCGGCUUCUCAUUUACUUAAAUCAAAUAAACGAAUUAAACAAAAAGGAAUAACUACUAAUUCUAAAAAUAUUGGAGGAGAAUAUGUUCAACUUAUUCAAUACUCAAUCCUUCACUCUCUUGAAGACGCGAAGCGUGUCUAUCUGAAUAAGUAUGUAUCUAAUGGAUAUGAGGGGGCAGUUAUUCGAAGUGCAACAAAUGUGUAUGAAGUGAGGGAAAAGGAAAAGGGUAUGUUACUUGGUUUAUUAGAGCCUAUCCUUCCUGGUAGUGAAAAUCUAGUGGUUAACACUAAGGGUUCACGGCGACGAGGACAACAUAUACAUAAUGAGGAAUCUACUUCACUUCUUUGUACAUAUACUAGUGAUAAACCUGCUAAUACAGUGAAUGAUGAUACAUCUAAUUUGAGUGAGAUAGAACAAAGUAAAGCAGAGGAUGCUAAUCAUGAAGAAAUUGCAAAAAUAGUAUUGAAACGGGCUAAACAAAAUACCAGACGAAGUAGCACAGUAGUAAAGUUACUCCCAUUUUGUGAUAAGGAAUAUGCUAUCCUAAAACCACUCUUGAAACUACCUUCUAGUAACCCACGAGCUCGUAGACUUGUGAGUAUUCCUCUUUCUUCUCUUCAUGAAGGGCGUAGUGCUAUUACAACUCCUAAAACAUCUAUUGGAAGAGCGGCAUCUGAGAAAAAUAAAGAUAGUAAAGUAGUGGUUUUUUACGGACUUCAAUGUCUUAGCGAUACAGGUCGUGUGUUUAAUGUUCCAUUACCAAAGAUGGAUGUAACGAAACAGCGGGCACUUUUAAAUCAUCUCUUGGAAGUUACUGGAGGAUCUAAAAAAAGAGGAAAAUCAGAUACCCGACAGGUGGGUCGCCGAUCUUUAACAGGAUUGUACGCUACUGUGAAGUUUCCCACUCUUACAGAGCAUGGGAUUCCACGUUUUGGUCAAGUAAAGGCCAUUCGUGGGGGAAAGGGAUGGUUUAUGUGA